AUGCUACUACUUCCAGUUUGGACUCUGCAAGCUACACUGGUGGCCUUGUCAGUAGUAGCAUCAACCAUGAUGGCAGUACAACGAGUUCGGCUGAUAGCAGCGGCAGCCUGUACAGCAGCAGCAGCAGCAGCCUCUCCAGCAGCAGCAACAGCCUGUACAGCGGCAGCAGCAGCAACAGCCUGUACAGCAGCAGCAGUAGUAGUGGCAGCAGUAGAAGCAAUGACCUGA